GAUCCACAUAAAAGUUCAAGCAGAGUACACCACAAGAAAAUAUUUUUAGCAAAAACUACACCAAAGGCUUUUAAAAUACAUUAAAACUAACAAAAUCACACUUAAUAAUUAUUCAAAGUAUUGGGAAUACUUACAAUCCAAAUUUUAGCUUGAAUUAUUCUAAACUGGCAACACUGCGGCUAGAUGCGAUGCACAGCAGCAAAUUUGCGGAUUCAGAUGUUCAGCUCCUCUGCGCGCCCUGGAAAUAAACAAAAGUGGAAGACGAGGACAUUGCAGAGCUUAGUGCACGUGUGGCAGGAAGGCAACCGUCAGCACAUCUUCGCCAGAUUCGGAUUAAUGAUCGAUUGGAUUUCUCGCUGGCAUUGGCGAGUGCGAUAAGAGCGGAUAAGGGUAGAGGGAAGUCCGAAUCUGCCCAUUACUGCGCAUUACGUUGUGUCAACGAGAAACCAACUCCCAAGAAUCGGGUUUCAGAGCUCCGAUUUGCCACUUAGAGAGCAGCAGCACCGCGGACCAAGCACGAUGUCGACGGCACGCAAUUCCACAGAUCCAGCCAGUCUCUCCGUUCUGCUGGCCACUGCAACUAUAAACGAUAACAACAACGGCAGCAGCAACAACAAAAAUGGACGCAGCCGAAGCAGCAGUGCAAGCAAGAACAACAACCUUACACCGAGGAAAUAUAUGGCCCCUGGCUCAUCGAACUCCAUCAAAAUGUGCCCCACCAGCGGUGGAGGAAAGGCUGCCAAUCACACCAACAACAACAAGCAACUAAUCUCGAUCUGCCAGCGAGCCCAGUCGGGUCAAAAAGUCAUGAUCAUUAUGCGGGGACCGCCGGGCAGUGGCAAAUCGACUCUGGCCGAGAGUUUACUCCGUCGAAGUUGCCUCCUCGAUCGUUACGCUGCCACGGACUUCCUCCUCAGCACGGACGACUAUUUCAGAACCCGCCGUGGAUACGAAUUUAAUCCCACACUCCUGCCAGCCGCCCACGACUGGAACAAGGAAAGGGUGAGCGAGAAGGCAGCUCGUGGAUGGAGUCCCAUCAUAGUGGACAACACCAAUACGAUGAUCUGGGAGAUGAUGCCCUACGUGCAGAUUGCUGUGCAACACGGAUACAUUCUAGAGCUGCUCGAGCCGCAGACCAGCUGGUGCAAAUCUGCCAGCAAACUGGCCCAAAAGAACACCCACCAAGUGCCCCGUGAGAGUAUUCAGCGCAUGUUGGAGCGCUUUGAGCGUGCUAAAGCGGAAGAUCUUAUCCAGAUGCUGAAGGAAACCAAGUAUACAGUAGCUCUGCCACAACUCCGACAAUGCCCGCCGCUUCCAUCCGUUCCCGUUGUUUGUGCUUUGGAUGAAGGCGGUGCACCCGAACCGCAGGAGUCGCCUCCUCGAGACGAGUCCAAAAACUUUAAACUGAAUGCAAAUGCUCAGAGCUGGGUGCCCUAUGAGCAGGGGGCACCUUCCUACUGGUCCCAGGCAGCCAAUACUGUGGAGCCAGCGGCUCCGGCGACACCUUCGGGUGCUUCGUGCGAGAAAUCUUUGAUCGAACUGCUGCGGGACGAGAGCGCGACAGGGGAGGUGUCCCCACCGGCAGAGGAAAGCGAAGAUAAUCUAUUCCAGCGCCACGGGCUUAAUUGUCCGAAUGAGCCAGCGGGCUUCGCCCUGCUGCGCCAGAUGUAUCCCAAUAAGCAGCUAAGUGGUCUUUGGGACCUUUUCGUGAAGUGCAAGGCGGACGUGGACUGGGCCGUGGACAUCCUUCUGAAGGAAGACGAACUAAACUCUCAGACGGAAUCAGAUCCGUUCGGCAUGGAAGCGGCACUAAGUCCAGAGGAGCUUGCCCAGUUUCAGUGCGAGUGCGGAGGGCCGCCAGUUGCUUCGCAAGCUUCACAAAUUCCCGAGCAGGUCCCACUUUCUCCAUCAACAUCCAAGCUCGCCCCGAAGCCACAGCGACAGUCGCGAAGCAAACGCAACGCGUCGUCCAAUAACAAGGAGUUACAGAUUCAGAUCCAGAACUGCUUCGUUUUAGGCGACGAGCAAUAUUCCGAACACACUCGCAAAAUUCGCGACAUUCGCAACGGAAUCCUCGAUCAGCCCAUUUUGGCUGAGCAAGAAGUGCCUGAGGAGCUGGAACCGGAAGACGAUGAAUGCGAAGACAACACCUUGUUGGAAAUGGAACUGGACCCGAGUCUUAUCCAGCAGCUGCGUGCCCAGUUCCACACGGAAGACGAAAUGCUGCCGCCGGAGCAGGACGUUCCCGCUGCCACAAAAGUUUUUGUGCCGCUUCAGCUGGCCAACCAACUGUACAUGCUAUGGCGGGAGGCGGUUUACAACCAGAUGGAGGAGCAGCGCCAGCGCACACUGCGGGACGACGAGCAGUUCGCCCGCUUGCUGAAGCAUCCCAGCUACGCCGAGUGUAGCGAGUCGCCAAGCAAUGUCGGGGAGCUACUGGACAUGGAGCUGGCCUGGAGCAUCUACAAUAGUGAACAGUUGGCCGCAAAGCAGACGGCAGAACUUGCAGCACGCCAGCAGGCCCCCAACGAUAUCGCUACCCACCUGACCAAGAUGAAGCUUUGCGAGAAGUUCCCCGACAUACCGAGUGAUACCGUUUUAGAGAUCUUCGCGGCCACAGGAAGCAACUAUGGCCGGACAAUCGAAGUUCUGGACAGCAACGCUCAAAGCUCCCUCAGCGAGGCCGAGCUCUACGAGCAGGCUGUUCGUGAGGGUGAAAAGUUGAGUGCCCAAGUAGUGCUGGAGGAGCAGAAGCAGCAGCAGGAGCAGCAGCAACUUCAAAACCCCGCCGGCCAAGGUUCCAGCUCCAACUCAUCCACAAACCGGUCGCCGCUACUCCACGAGGAGGCGAAGUGCGCUGCUCUGCGGGAUUUCGAGGAGACCCGCAAUCUAGCCGCCCACCACUCGCAGCUAAAGGCAGAGUGCUAUCUUAAGGCCAAACAGGCGGUGCAGCGCGGCAAUGGAAGCGUAGCCCUCUACUAUUCGGAAAUAGCCAAACUGCACAAGCAGAAGAUCGACGUGUUCAACCAACGGGCGGCCAACUGCAUCAUGGAGGUGCACCGACACACGCAAAACAACCCAGAUCUGCUGGACCUCCACUACCUUCACGCAGUGGAGGCGGUUAGCUGCUUGGACCUCUUUAUCGAUCGGCACAUAACCGUCCUGCGCAACUGUACGAGGGUCUACAAGCACGUCUUCAUAAUCACAGGCCGCGGCUUGCACAGCGCCAACGGCGUCUCCACCAUCAAGAACCGGGUGAAGGCUAGGCUUGGGGAGCGUCGAUUGCGGUGGCAAGAGGUCAACCCAGGACUGCUGCGCGUGAAAGUAUUCUCGGCGUCGCGCCACUCCAAGAACUUCUGAUGGGGCGUUCCAAAAUUUCAGAUGGUCGCAUAGGAGUAGGGACGAUGAACAGAUAAGCUUGUUUGCUACCUCAUCUAUUAUUCAAUUUUGUAUCAAAGCUUACAAAAUUCGUUGUGGAAUAAUCCUUACUCUUCUAUCCUACUGUACUUACUUGCGUAUGUGUUCUUAAAGCUACAAACAACAUUCCCGCUCUUUUCGGAUUUUCAGGCCAAAACUGUCUAUAUAGUUUUAAGUUUUUCCAGCUUCCAAAUUAGGAUUCGCGUCAAACGAGAAUUCGUCGUACAAAUGUUCAAGUGGUGCUGAAUGAGUUGCUCGAAACUCAAGUAUCUUCCAAAGGGAUAUCUAUAGGUACAUCUAGAUUACAUGUGUAUUUUUGUACUCAGUUUUACCCCAAUCACCACCACGUAGACUUAAGGUAAUCGUAAUCUUUAAAUCAUUAAAGCUUAGUGUUAGUAAUAAAAAUUCAAUAAAUUUUAAA